GGAGAGGGUCGUCCGGUCUCCGCUCUGCUCUGAAUCCGCCACCACCGACAGAGAAAGUGUCCACGAUGCUGAGAGUAGAGCGGCGCUAAACCUUUCCUCUGUCUGCUGACUCGAACACACCGCUCACAAACCAAUGAAUGGAGUUGCUUUUUGCCUUGUUGGGAUUCCUCCUCAUUCAGACGCUGAAGCUAAAGGGCAUAGAGAUGGCAUGGUGUCGUCCAAUGAGAACAGGCGCCGGCCGCUGUCAUCGGGUGAGGUGGAGGGCGUGUCAUGGCACGGCCCACGGACCAUUUUACUCCAGAAGAACUCACAGGGAUUUGGCUUCACUCUGCGCCACUUCAUUGUCUACCCACCAGAGUCCUCCCUCCACAGCUUCAAGGAUGAAGAGAAUGGAAACACCACUGGAACAGGCUGUCAGUGGUCUCGUUUGGAGCCAAUGGACACCAUCUUUGUGAAGAGUGUCAAAGAGAAUGGCCCUGCUCAACAAGCUGGACUGUGCACAGGGGACAGGCUCGUGAAGGUGAAUGGGGAAAGCAUUCUUGGGAAAACCUACUCUCAAGUGAUUGCACUGAUCCAGAACAGUGAAAACAUUCUGGAGCUCUCUAUCAUGCCAAAAGAUGAGGAUGUGUUGCAGUUGGUAAGUGCAUACUCCCAGGAUGCCUACCUGAAAGGCAACAAGCCAUAUUCAGGUGAGGCCCAGAACCUCCCUGAGCCUCCACCUCUCUGUUACCCCUCCACCAAACACGGCUCUGUGGCCCCCAAGCCUGGCCACAACCUCCACGGUCUCCUGGACAACUGGCAGUGCCGAUCUGGCCCCACCACCUCGCUGCUGGAUAACCAACCCCCUGCUGCUUCUACCCCCUACUCUGGCUGGCCUGGGGGUCCCGAGGAUUCCAGUGGCCACUAUCCCCCAUCGGGGCAGCACAGAGGCCGCUCCUCUUCAGCCAUCAGCGCGCUGGACUUUCAUUUUGCCAACCACAAUGCUGCCAUUGCCUCUGCAACGCUGCCUCCACCAAGGAAGAACAGCCUGCCGGCCUCCGCCCGCACCUAUGCCGACACCAUCUGCCACCAGGCUCUGUCGGAGUGGUACUACAGCCAGGCGGAGGUCGCAGAGCACAUAUCCCCCCGCCACCGCAGCAUUUCUCAGGAUCGUUUAGCGGAGCUGGGCAUGGCGCUCGGCCCCGGACCUAUGUCUGCCCCUGCAGUGUCUUCAGAGCAACGCAGGAGAGAAACCCUCCUGUACCACCACCAGGCAGCUGCUGCAUCCCAUGAUUCCUAUUGGCUAGGUGGCUGGGGUGGUGUAUCAGGACCAGGAAGCAGGUCCUGCUCAGAGAGCCUGCUGGCAGCCUAUGCCGAAUACGAGGACAACUACGGGCGUUCUGUGGAAGCGCUGGCACAGGCCUCUGCACUGGUCUCACCUCGCUACGAACACACUGCACCGAGCUCAACAACUAAAUCCAGUGAACACAUUGAUCAGAAAGCCUCGGGAUGGCAGACCCAAAUCACAGUGACAUCCCCCUUCACCACCUCCUCCACAGUGCCUCCCAGUGGCAGGCAGUCAGGUCAGCAGGUAGCUGAACCUCAGACAAGGCGAGUAAAAGAGGAAGAGCUGGUGGGGUAUAAGAGCUACAGCCCUUCUUUCUCCCACAAAGCUGGCCACCUUCUCCAGCGGGCCCAUUCAUUCAGAGAGCCCAGCUACAGCGGCCCCCAUCUCAGCAGCCCCAGCAGCAGGAGCAGCCCUGCAGACAGUGUAGGGGGGAGGGUGCCCAGGCCGCAGUCCACACCUGCCCUGUCUGCUUCAGAAGAGGAGAGAGCCCAGCUGGGGGAGGACAGAGAGGUCAUCUCUCCCAUCUCCAACAAUCAGGAGGUGGUCCUCAGGCAGAAGCCUCCUUCAGGUCGCCGGACCCCCAUUCAAGCUCUUCGACAUCCCACCUACACAAAACAUGCAGAGUCACCGGAGGCCCCUGUUCUGACACCCUCACCAGGGACCCCCUCCCCUAUGUCUGUGGGGCCUGGCCCCAACCGCAAGGCCAAUGGUAGCCUGGCACAGCAUGCAUAUGACUCUCUGUCCUCUAUUCCCUUCAUAGAUGAACCCACCAGUCCUAGUACUGACCUACAGCCCUGCUAUGUACCAGCUUCCUCUGUGGUGUCCAGUUCCCAGGCCUCCACAAUGGCCACUCUCACUCUCACCUCUGUCUCCCCGACCUCCUCCUCCAUCUCCUCCUUUGUCCAACUUCAUUUUCAGGAUUGCAGCAGUAUUAAAGGUCGUCGCUCCUCCUACCUGCUCGCCAUCACCACAGAGAGAUCCAAGUCUUGUGAUGAGGGACUCAACACCUUCAAGGAAGAAGGUCGUGUCUUCUCCAAACUACCAAAAAGGGUGAAGAGCUUUUUCACUGAUGGGUCUUUGGAGAGCCUGCGAGCUCAGGAGGAAACCCGGUCCAAGCGCCAUUCCACCUCUGAACUGGGAACCAUUACAUUCAGUGACGUACGCAAGGAGGGCUGGCUACACUACAAACAGAUCCUCACAGAGAAAGGAAAGGUACAACUCACUGCUGCUACACCUCUCAGGCUCUGA